CACCGUAGAGAGAGUCUGCAAACCAGCUUUGGCAAAAGAUGCCGUAAAGGUUGACAGAAAAAAUGACGGGAAAGGAGGUGAAGUUGUUCUUAACUGCCUUUCGGGACGUUUGACGAGGACCUUUGGGAUAUAUUUGCUCAGAUUGGUUUAUUGUGGAGCCAUGCGUUAUCGGAAAGCUGGAUGAAACUUGCAGGUGUUUUCCGACAGGCGUCGCACCGACAGGCUGCUGUUUCAUGGGGGGAAUACAUCCUGCCUUGUUUAGUUAAAUCUGCCUUCUGUCUCUACCUUGAGAUCUGGAUUUCACACCAGUUUGCCAGUAUGGUGAUGGUUUUGCUUGGUUCUUGAAGUGACGUGAAAGUGGAUUGCGCUUGUCGAACAGCAAGAUGAUCAUGAAAGUCUCCUAUUUUAAUUUUCAGUUUCCUUCUGUUCAAGGAUCAGAAUCUAAAACAUAAAACACGUGAACGUCAUUCCCUAUGUGUAGAACAAGUUGUUCUUAAAGAAACGUUUACAAGCAUGCAUCAUUCAACUUACACAGGCUGUCAUGCUUAUUUAUUCCACGAACUGUUGCUGGAACUCCAUAUUGGCAGUUUAAGGAUUUAAAAUAAUGCUUGAUCGGCAUAUGCUGACUGAAUGUAAUCCAAGACAAGCCAUGUACUGGAGAGCCUUUCUAAUUUGAUGUAUAUGGCCCUUUGGGGCAAAAACUACUGGUUAGAUUUAGUUUAGUUAGUCACUGCGCCUUUAAUGUUUGUCAGGACUGUAUGGGUUGUGUUAUGGACAGCGUGAUUUAAUUAUGUUUAUGUAGUUAAACACCAAAGGCAUUUAAGGAGUCGGUGGUUGCGCGAAUAUUCCAGCAAAAUAAUCCUCAGAGAGCUCAAUACCGAGAACAUAUUCAGACACUGGAGAGCAUUUCUUAUGGACUCAUCCACACCAAGGUGCACUCGAUCACUCUCCACUCUUUCUAUCGGAUUAUGGAUUUAUUUCUCAUGAGCGACAAUCAUGCGCUCAGCAUGUGUUUUCUUCUGCAAGAUGUUUCGGCGCGUGUCUCUUCCUGUUUAACCUGACAAUUACAAGCAACGACCCCGAGAGCUGCCAUUCUGUUCGCUUUUACAUCUACAUCAACGAACUGAGCAGGAACUUGCUGCUUUAGCAGGUGACACUUUCUCAAAGACACUGACAGCAGAUGAGGGCGAAACUUUUGUGUUGCUGUUUCCAUGCGUGACAAUCCCACAAGGACAUAAAGGAGUAAUUAUGCCCUUAAGAAAACGAGACACAGCCAGAGCAAUAAGCCUCCUGGAGGACUACUGCUCCAAACUGAAGAAACCAGAGGAACAACAGCUCAAAACUGCCAUCUUAAGAGUCAUGGGUAUUUUCAAAAGCAGUCUUUUCCAGGCUCUCAUAGAUAUCCAGGAGUUUUAUGAAGUGACCCUGCUGAACUCUCAGAAGAGCUGUGAGCAUAAGCUGGUGGAGGUGAAUCACAUGGCUGAGCAGUGGGAACACACUGCCACCAACUCAACCUCACCAACAGAGGGUCCGCAGCCAGCCUCCACACCGCCAGAGCUGAGAGAAGAGAGUCGCAUGGAGCUGACAGUAGAAGAGCCUGCUGCAGGAAGCACCAAUACAGAGAACAGGCCUCCGGCAGUACAGGGCUCCCAGCACCAAAGCCACUCUCCAGCAUGUAUGAACCCAGCCCUGAUGAGCUCCCCCUGGGUGAGACGGAAAAACAGGGGCCGUGCCAUAACAAAUUCUCUCUGUUUGUCCAGAACGGAUGUGCUGCACUGUGUUGCAUCUUCAUUUUACACAUUUUCACUGUUGUUUUCAGAAACAUCAAAUGCUUAG